UGUACAUUCACCACCUACUCUCUGAACCUCGCUUAAAUUUAAACCUCUCUUCUACCUCUCUCACUCCUCCAAAUCCUCCAUCGCCGUUUCUCUCUCUUCACAAUGGCGAUUAGUUCAAUGAGAUCCUCUCUUCCACCUCUCCUCUGUCUCUGUAUUUCCUUCUUCGCCAUUGUUGGAGCCGACGAUCCUUACAGGUUCUUCAACUGGAAUGUCACUUACGGCACCAUUUACCCCCUCGGCCUCCCCCAGCAGGGCAUUCUGAUUAAUGGCCAAUUUCCUGGCCCUGAUAUUCACUCUGUUACCAACGAUAAUAUCAUUAUCAAUGUCUUCAAUAGCUUGGACGAGCCGUUUCUCCUCUCCUGGAAUGGGAUUCAACAGAGGAGAAACUCAUACGAGGACGGAGUGUACGGAACAACAUGCCCUAUUCCACCAGGGAAAAACUUCACCUACAUUCUCCAAAUGAAAGAUCAGAUCGGAAGCUUCUAUUACUUCCCUUCCCUCGGCUUCCACAAGGCCGCCGGUGGUUUCGGUGGGAUCAGAAUUCUCAGUCGCCCCCGGAUUCCCGUUCCCUUCCCGGAUCCCGCGGGCGAUUACACUGUCCUCAUCGGCGACUGGUACCAAGCUAAUCAUACGACGUUGAGGGCCCAACUAGACAAUGGCUCAAUGCUUCCACUCCCCGACGGAAUCCUCAUCAAUGGUCGUGGACCCAACAGAACUGCCCCUUUCAACGUGGAACAAGGAAAAACUUACAGGUUGAGGAUCUCAAAUGUGGGGCUCCAAAGCUCUCUCAACUUCCGAAUUCAAGGCCACAGGUUGAAGGUGGUCGAAGUUGAAGGAACCCACUCCCUCCAAACGGAAUUCUCUUCCCUUGACAUUCACGUCGGCCAAUCUUAUUCCGUUCUUGUCACCGCCGAUCAGCCCGCUCAGGACUUUUACAUUGUCGUUUCUUCUCGCUUCACCACUCCCAUCCUCACCACCACCACUAUUCUCCGUUAUGCCAACUCCGCCGGCUCCGUCCAAGGCCCACCUCCCGGUGGCCCAACUAUCCAAAUUGAUUGGUCCCUCAACCAAGCUCGAGCUAUCAGAACCAACCUUACAGCCAGUGGGCCUCGGCCGAACCCACAAGGCUCUUAUCACUAUGGUCUCAUCACCACGACCAAAACCAUUGUACUGUCGAACUCAGCCGGGCUUGUCAACGGGAAGCAAAGAUACGCCGUCAACAGCGUGUCAUUUAUCCCUGCAGAUACUCCCCUGAAGGUCGCCGACUUCUUCAAAAUAGGAGGAGUUUUCCGGGUCGGAAGUAUUUCUGACUGGCCCAACGGUGCAGGAAUCUACGAAGACACCUCUGUAAUGGGCGCUGAUUACAGAGCUUUCGUCGAAAUCGUCUUCCAGAACAACGAAGACCUCAUCCAGAGCUGGCACCUCGAUGGCUACUCCUUCUUCGUUGUUGGUAUGGAUGGAGGGCAAUGGACAUCCAAUAGCAGAAACCAAUACAAUCUACGAGACGCAAUUGCACGGUGUACCACUCAGGUGUAUCCGAAGUCAUGGACUGCAAUAUAUGUGGCGCUGGACAACGUGGGAAUGUGGAAUUUAAGGUCGGAAUUCUGGGCAAGGCAGUACCUGGGUCAACAGUUUUACUUGAGAGUUUACACGCCAUCGACUUCAUUGAGAGACGAGUACCCAAUUCCAAAGAAUGCUCUGCUCUGUGGAAGAGCCACUGGGAGACGAACCAGGCCACUCUAGGCUCUAUCCUCUGAGCUCAACACAAUCAAAUGAUUUGUCAUGUCGUAUCAUAUCAUAUUUAGUUCUUCUGGGAAGGAUAUU